AAGUUGCAUAGAAAAAUCAAAACAACAUUUAUAUUGGAACCAAGACUGUGAAGCUUAUUGUGGAUGAUCGUUCUUUGGCGGGGCAUUUAGCUCCGUACACAUUCUUCUGUUGCAAGUGUUUGAAUCAAAUUGAGAAUGGCUCAGGGGCAGAAUAGGACUGUUCUUCAGCCAGGACAGAUGCAGAAUUCUGUUGCUGCUUCUGCUUCUAGUGUUUCUUCUCAGCCUAAUAUGGUCAAUGGCAUAUCUCGUGAUAAUCUCUUAUUACGACAGGAUAUGCUCAACAGAAUCUACGCUUGGUUACAGCAGAGGCAGCCUUCAAAGACUGAUGAUGCCUCCAAGGCAAAGUUAAUUGAGGUUGCAAAACGGUUAGAGAGUGCAAUGUUGAGAACGGCUAAGUCAAAGGAGGAUUACUUAGAUUUCCGAAGUUUCGACGUUCGCAUUGAAUCUAAUCUGAAACAACUUCUUAGUCAACGCCGUGCUAAUCCUUCAAGCUCGGUCAGUACGAUGGUUCAGACACCUGGGGUUUCACAUGGAUGGAAUCAAAGUUAUACGGCCACCCCUAUGGUGGAUACAAGCACAUUCAAUAGUAGUAAUAACUUAUCAGAUGCAACAAUCGAAACCGGAAGACUAUUGCAAACUAAUCACAUGAACAGAGGUUCAAUAAAUAAUAGUCGCCAGCAAUUAUCUACGGUUGGCCAGAUGAUUCCUACUCCUGGAUUUGACAAUAGUGCUAAUGCUGAUGUAUAUCAGUCUCAUCGAAAUGAAGAAUAUUCUGGAGAUGGUGGCAAGCUUCUGGCUGCUGGGUCUGACUUUGGAAAUCCAUCUCAGCUGCAGAAGCAACGUCCUACUGGUUCAAAUGACCGUAUGCUUUACAACCUUGAUCACCAGUUGGGAGGUGGUUUCAGGUCAAAUAUUCACCAGAAUACAUCUGGGAUGACCAAUAUUCCGCUAAAUGCUGGUGUAGGGAUGAGCGGGAACAAUGUAAACCUUGCUAAUGGGCCCAGGAGUUCUGAAGGGGUCCUCACCUCUACGCAUUAUUCAACGUUAUCCCAACCCUUGCAGCAGCCUGUCGAUCAGUUGCAGGUGUCACAUGUGAACAGAUACUCAAUGAGUAACUCUGGUACUUUUGGGUCUGGGAAUCUCUAUGGAGGUCUAACAUCAUCGGGCUCAAUGGAAACUGCUGUGGAUAUGAAUUCCAUGAGCCUGAAUUCUAUGCGGAGAGUUGAUGCUUCAUUCGGUAGUCAGUCAAGCCUGCAAAACAAUCCAUUGCUAAAGCCUCAACUACAUCAUCAGUUCGAGAAUGGGAAUUUCCAAUCUUCUUCCAAUUCCAAAGAAAAUUUGGCUCAGGUGAGUCGUCGACCAUUAGAACGUCAAUUCAACCAACAAGGUCAUCAUGGUCAAUACCAGCAGCAAGAGCUCUUACUGAACAAUGAUGGCUAUCGUCAAUCUCAGCUAGCUUCAAAUUUAGUUAGUCAAGUUAAGAAUGAACCUCGCGUGGAAUACUACAACGAAGCUUUUCAGAUGCAGGCUAUAAAUAAAGGAGAACCAUCCAAGCCGCAAAACCAAUACAAGCAUAAUGCUGUGAAGGACGAGUAUGUUGGUGCUCAGAGUGCACCCCUUUCUAGUAGCCAGCUAAAGAUGUCUCCAUCUUUCCCACCACAAACUCAUCAGACACAGCAGGUAUCACAAUGGAAAGAUUCGAGCAACCUCUCAGCUGGAGUGCAGCCAGUAUCAGGUCUGGGUCAGUGGCAUUCAUCUUCGCAGAACUUGACACCAAUAUUACAAAGUUCUAAUGAAGAGAGAGAGCAUCUUGGGGUAAGAUUUCAUAUGCAGCAUGAAGGUACUAAUAAUAGUUCGUCUGUAAGAGAGUCUACAAACUGCCAAACUGUUGCUCCUAGAGGCACCUUGGAGGUUCCACAUCUCCCAGUAGGAAACAAUGCCUUGAGUAAACAGCUGAAUGGAGAUUGUGGUCUAAGUUACAAAAAUCAGAGGCGGUGGCUUUUGUUCCUGCUACAUGUACGAAAAUGCAAUGCUGCAGAAGAUAACUGUGAAAGCAAGUAUUGUUUUACAGCCAAAACGCUGUUGAAACAUAUCAAUUACUGCAAGGCUCCUGCUUGCGCAUAUCAAUAUUGUCGUCAAACCCGACAAUUGAUUCAUCAUUACAAGCACUGCGGGAAUGAAGCAUGUCCAGUCUGUGUUUUUGUCAAAAACUUCAAGGAGAAACAAAAAGAAAAAUUUACCUUCCUCAAAAGAGCUGAGCCUAGCCCAGCUAGUUUAAACCAUGGACCCAAGGAAUCCUUCGAGUCUAUGCGUACUUCUAGUGAAAAAGACUCUGAAGCUCCAUUUGUUGUUGAUGAUUUGCAACCUUCUCCGAAGCGCCAGAAAGUAGAGAAACCCUCCCAAUUUGCUUAUCCUGACACACAGGGCAUCUCAGUGACAAUAUCUGCUGGUGUUAGUCAAGCUCAUUUUUCAAUGGGUUUGCAAGAGAAAGAUAGGCUACAAAGUGAUGUUUGCAAACCUGUCAGAUCAAAUGUGCCUAUGAAUGCAGGUAGUUCUGAUUCUUCAAGAAGGCUUGUUCCAGCUUCCCGUGAGCUGGAGAAGCCUGUUUACAAAGAUACUCCCAUGGGGAGACAUAGUGGAGAAUCUGCAUUAGAUGGUGAAACUGUUCGUUUAUCAAAACAAGAAAAACCAAAGCGUAUGACUGAAAUAAGCGCACCCAAAGAAGAGAAUGCGGAACAGUCUUUGGGCGUUGUAUCUGCGUCUAAUAGCGGAAAGUCAAAGAUCAAAGGAGUCUCACUGAUUGAGUUGUUCACUCCAGAGCAAGUAGAGGAGCAUAUCCGCGGUCUUCGUCAGUGGGUAGGCCAGAGUAAAACCAAGGCAGAAAAAAAUAAAGCAAUGGGACUCUCCAUGUCUGAGAAUUCUUGCCAGUUAUGUGCUGUUGAGAGGCUUGCAUUUGAGCCAACACCUAUUUACUGCACACCUUGUGGGGCACGUGUCAAGAGAAACGCUAUGCACUAUACGGUAGUGGCUGGUGAGUCACGGCAUUAUGUCUGUAUUCCUUGUUACAACGAAGCGCGUGCAAACACUGUUUCUGUUGAUGGUGCUUCUGUACCGAAGUCAAGGUUUGAGAAAAAGAAAAAUGAUGAAGAGGUUGAAGAAUCGUGGGUGCAAUGUGAUAAAUGUCAAGCAUGGCAGCAUCAAAUUUGUGCUUUGUUCAACGGCCGUAGGAAUCAUGGGCAAGCCGAGUACACUUGCCCUAAUUGCUAUAUACAAGAAGUGGAACAAGGAGAAAGGAAACCGGUAUCACAAAGUGUUAUUCUGGGUGCUAAAAGUUUGCCAGCCAGUACUCUUAGCAACCAUUUAGAACAGCGGUUGUUCAAGAAAUUGAAGCAGGAAAGACAAGAGAGGGCUAGACUUCAAGGAAAAAGCUACGAGGAGGUCCCGGGAGCUGACUCGCUUGUUAUCAGAGUUGUGGCAUCUGUCGACAAAAUAUUAGAAGUAAAGCCACGUUUCCUUGACAUUUUCCGAGAAGAUAAUUACUCAUCAGAAUUCCCUUAUAAGUCUAAGGCCAUUCUGUUGUUUCAGAAGAUUGAAGGUGUUGAAGUAUGCUUAUUUGGCAUGUAUGUCCAGGAAUUUGGAACAGAUUCUGCGUCUCCCAAUCAGCGCCGGGUAUACCUUUCCUAUCUGGACUCAGUUAAGUACUUCAGACCUGACGUUAAAACAGUAUCUGGAGAGGCCCUCCGUACGUUCGUAUACCAUGAAAUUCUGAUUGGUUACCUUGAUUACUGUAAGAAACGUGGGUUUUCAAGCUGCUAUAUAUGGGCAUGCCCCCCUCUUAAGGGUGAAGAUUAUAUUCUAUAUUGCCAUCCUGAAAUUCAGAAAACGCCAAAGACUGACAAACUAAGGGAAUGGUAUCUAGCAAUGCUAAAGAAAGCUUCUAAGGAAAAAGUGGUCGUUGAGUGUACAAACUUCUAUGACCAUUUUUUCGUCCAGUCUGGUGAAUGUAGAGCUAAGGUAACAGCAGCAAGGUUGCCAUAUUUUGAUGGCGACUACUGGCCAGGUGCUGCUGAGGAUUUAAUAGAUCAAAUGAGCCAAGAAGAGGAUGGCAAAAAGUCAAAUAGAAAACUAAUGCCCAAAAAGGUCAUAUCGAAAAGGGCUCUAAAAGCAGUAGGUCAGUUGGACCUUUCUGUUAAUGCCUCGAAGGAUCUCCUGCUGAUGCAUAAACUGGGUGAGAUCAUCCUCCCAAUGAAGGAAGAUUUCAUCAUGGUUCAUUUGCAACAUUGUUGUAAGCAUUGUUGCACUCUCAUGGUAUCUGGAAAUCGUUGGGUGUGCAACCAGUGUAAGAAUUUUCAGAUUUGUGACAAGUGUCAUGAAGUGGAAGAGAACCGAGUGGAAAAGGAAAAACAUCCCGUCAAUCAGAAGGAGAAGCAUGUACUCUAUCCUGUUGCCAUUGACGACAUUCCUACUGAAAUUAAGGACAAUGAUGCCAUCCUCGAGAGCGAGUUCUUUGAUACUAGGCAAGCUUUCCUGAGUCUUUGCCAAGGUAAUCACUAUCAGUAUGACACACUAAGACGUGCAAAACAUUCUUCUAUGAUGAUUCUCUAUCAUCUUCACAACCCAACCGUCCCUGCAUUUGCAACGGCAUGUGCCAUCUGCCAGCAAGAACUUGAAACUGCUCAAGGUUUGCGUUGCGAAGUUUGCCCUGACUAUGAAGUUUGCAAUGCUUGCUACUCAAAAGGUAUCAACCAUCCACAUAGCCUCAUUGGCCGUCCAUCUGCGACAGAUUCUGUUGUACAGAACACACAAACUAAUCAAAUUCAGACUGCCCAGUUAAGAGAGCUGCUGCUACACGUAAUGGCAUGCUGCACUGCACAGUGCCAGUAUCCAAGGUGUCGCGCGAUUAAGGGUCUCAUUAGGCAUGGUCUUGCCUGCAAGACCAGAGGUUGCAGCCAUUGUAAGAAAAUGUGGGCCCUCUUCCGAAUGCACUCUCGAAACUGCAGAGAUCCCCAAUGCAAAGUCCCCAAAUGCAGAGAGUUGAGAGCUCAUUUUAGUAGAAAGCAGCAACAGGCAGAUUCAAGACGCAGAGCAGCGGUGAUGGAGAUGGUGCGGCAGAGAGCUGCUGAUGCAACAACCUCCACUCCUGACUGAUUAACAGAGACAUGUUAUCUUCUCAAUCUAUGGGGUCAAGGGUUCGUGCCAGAAGUAACGAUGCAAAUGGCAGGUGAAUCAAGAAAGAAUGAGAUAUUUUUUGGUUGAUUAAUUUGGAGAUUCAAGAAGCUAGUUUAGGAGAGCUCAUGGGAAAAUGAGCAGACCACAACUGCUAAUUUAGGUUCGACGAGGAGGUACAUAGAUAUUUUUUCUUACAUGUAUUCUAAGGUAUAGACAUGUGUAUAUGUGAACUGUGAUUUUGAUUCAAUUUUUGGUGAUUCUGUUCAUUGAAUCCUAUUGAAUUCGACUACUGAAUUGGAUCUUAAUUUACUCUUUGAUCCCUUCGUAUUGUAUAUGUAGUAUUUUUGGCAAAGCUAGAAGCUAAUAAAUUCCUGAUUUUCAA